UUAGAACAACUUGAAAGGGAUAUAGUUAUUAUAUUAUGUAAGCUUGAGAUGAUCUUUCCACCUGCUUUUUUUGAUAUUAUGGUACAUUUGGCUGUACAUUUACCACGAGAAGCUAUGUAUGGGGGACCAGUACAGUAUCGUUGGAUGUACAAAAUUGAGAGAUUUUUGUGUAAGCUUAAGCGUUAUGUGCGAAACAAGGCGCGACCAGAAGGUUCUAUUGCAGAAGGUUAUAUUAUUGAUGAAUGUUUGACAUUUUGCUCUAUGUAUCUUACUAACAUUGAGACUAGAUUUAAUCGUGAAGAUCGAAAUGUUGAUGGAUCUAGCAACAAAGAGGAACAUGUUCUGGACAUAUUUUCUGAAAGUGUUAGACCAUUUAAAGGAGAAUAUGAUGCAAUACCGAAGAAAGAUUUUGAUAUGGCUCAGUGGUAUGUGUUAAAUAAUUGUGAAGAAGCAGAGCCUUUUCUACAGGAACACAAAAAUGAGUUGUUAAACCAAGAUGUUGUGAAUAUAGAAGAGAAACAUAGAGAACAUUUUUCUUUAUGGUUCAAAGGGAAAAUUAUGCAUUUGUGUAAUAAGGAGAAUUCAAUGUCUAUCAAGAAGUUAUAUCCUUUGGCAAUGGGACCUGAUGUUCGAGGAAGGAGAUAUCCUGGUUGUAUUGUUAAUGGUGUUAGGUACCAUAUUCAAAGUCGUGAUGAAUUACGUAAAAGUCAAAAUAGUGGCAUAGUUGUUGAAGGCUAUCAUGAAAAUGAAGUGAUUGACUUUUAUGGUAUUAUAGUUGACAUUAUUGAGUUAGAGUAUAUAGAAGGCAAUCGAGUUGUUCUAUUUAAAUGCAAGUGGUUUGAUCUUCGUAAAAAAACUGGGAUGCAGAAAGAUAAAAAUUUUACCAGUAUAAAUGUAAAUAGAUUUUGGUAUGAACAUGAUUCUUUUGUACUAGCUACUCAAGCAAAGCAAGUAUUUUAUAUUUGUGAUCCGAAAUUAGGAAAAAAUUGGCGAAUUGUGCAAAAAUUUCAAGAUAGACAUAUAUAUGAUGUGCUAGAGAUGCAAAAUUCAAAGGUGGAAAGUGAUGAAUUACACACUACUGAUGAAGUGUAUCAAGACGUGUCAAUGGAAAGUAACAUGAUAGAUGUUUCUAUUGAGGAUAUGCCGAUCCAAUUACAUAGAGAUGAUGUUGAUUCAAUUACCUUGGAUUCAAGUGCAUUUGAAUUGAAGGUUCAAACAGAACAUGAAGUUGGUUACAAUACCGCAGAUUCUGACCUAGAGGACGACAAUAUAAUUGAGUACAUAAGUGAUCUUGAUAGAACUGAAGGCACUACAAGUAUUGAUAAAGAUGAAGAUGGUGACACAGAUGAUGAAGAUGACAUUGAUUUUUUUGAUGUAACUUCAUAACUGUAGGGGCUUACCUUUCAUUGACUACGACUAGUGCGUCUCUCCUUCUUCUUCCAGGUAUGUAUUCUAUUAUUCUUGUUCCUCAUCAUCUCCUUCUUCUUCUUCCUCGCUAGAGUCUGGCUAAAAAAAUAAUUUCAAACUUUUGCUCGCACUCGUUUGACUGUUUCCUCUGUUUCAUUAGACUUCUAUUGGAGUUUUCUCUAUGUUUUAAAUUUUGGGUGUGG